AUGUUGAAAAAGUCAACAAUUUUGACAAAAAAUUCUUGUAAUAUGAAUAAUUUUUGCAUUGUUCUUUAUUUUGUUACUGCAGUAGAAUGUCAAUAUCAGGUGCUGUCGGGUUUUAAACCGGACAUAACAUUUGACGAUCGCAACGACAGAUUCGACGUGAAAUCUCUGAUCAGCUAUCAAAAUAAAUACUACAAUGAUGAUAUCCCAUCAAACAGACGUAGUAAUUCACAAAAAAAAAGUCAGAAAAGAAUUAAAAAUGUAGCAAAACAUAUAACUAUGAAAAGGCGACGAUCUUUAGAUGAUAUAUAUGCCAUAGAUAAUAAAAUGGAUAGAAACGAUGUAAAUAGUAUUGAAAAUGUUAAGAUAAAAGCUGACGAUUUUGCUGGCAGGAAAUCUUUAAAUGAUAUUUUCGUAAACCUACAUGACAGUAAACGUAGAGGAAGUGACGUAGUUGAUGAAUCGUCUAAUAAAAAGGAUAUAUUUAAUCCAGAAGAGGAUACAGUUUUAAACUACGCUUUUCCUAUUCAUAUGAUCGUACGCGGGUUUUUGUUACCACCUAGAGUCGCUUGA